AUGGCCGAUAUCAUUGCAUUGCGCUUUGAGCAGCAUUCUUCGGGACUGGGCCUACAAUGCUCUUUGCCUCGCAUCUCAUGGACCUUAUCCGCUGUCAAUGAAUCCACCCGUGACUGGACACAAUCCCAGUAUGAGAUUUCCGUGUACGGUGAAACUAGGCCACUUGCAAACUUCGUUGUCCAAAGCGGCGAGUCAAGUCUAGUCCCAUGGCCGAGUACGCCGUUGAAGUCGCGAGAACAAGCUCAGGUGAAAGUUCGAGUAUGUGGGAGCUGGGUGGAUAUAAAAACCAGGCGCGCACACUCGGAUUGGUCUGCCUGGUCCUCCUGGGCAACGGUUGAAUGCAGCCUUCUUAGUUCUCAGGAUUGGACUGCAGUGCCUAUCUCUAGCCCACUCUUUCGAAUGAGCCACAAAGAUGAGCCACUAAGGCCCUUGUGCUUUCGAAAGGAAUUUGCCCUGCCUGCCACGUUUGGCUCUUUGCGUCGGGCUAGGCUGUACAUCACGGCUUUCGGGGUCUACCGGGCGUAUCUCAAUGGCUCCAGGAUCGGAGACCAUGAAAUGGCGCCCGGGUGGACAAGCUACCGCCAUCGUCUUGCAUAUCAAGUCUUUGACGUCGACCCCUUGAUCAUUACAAAUGGCGAUAACGUGUUAGGCGUCGAGGUUGCCGAGGGGUGGUUUGCGGGCCGGCUGGGCUUUGGUGGUGGCAAGAGGUACAUAUAUGGAGAUCAAAUAGCCACUAUGGCUCAGUUGGAGGUAGAAGAGCUCUCUGGUGGACGAUUCCAAGUUGCAUCGGACAUCAGCUGGAAGUGCCACCCGAGUCCCAUCGUGAGUAGCGAAAUCUACAACGGUGAAAUUUAUGAUGCGCGAGCGGAAGUCAGAGGUUGGCACCAACAUGGACCUCAUUAUGUUGACGCCGACUGGGGCAAAGUAUCUGUUCUGGACUUUCCUGAUGCGCGAUUAUACGCCCCAAACGCCCCUCCAGCACGAAUCACGGAGACGUUGGCGCCUCGGAAGAUAUUCACCACUCCAUCUGGCCGGACGAUUCUCGACUUUGGUCAGAAUCUGGUUGGAAAGCUUCUCAUACAUUCGAUGACGCUGCCAGCAAACGCAAAAGUGACAUUCACCCACGCCGAGGUCAUGGGCGAUGAUAGAGAACUGGGAACUCGACCCCUUCGCGGUGCACAAUGUGUCGACACGGUCAUCUCAUCCGGACAGCCGUUGAUUGAUUGGUCGCCGAAAUUCACAUUCCAUGGCUUUCGAUUCGUGCACGUCGAUGGAUGGGACCCUCUAACGGUACAGUCCUGGCAAAGCAACAUUCAGGCACUUGUCAUUCACACUGACUUCAAGCGGACGGGGAGGUUUGAGUGUUCAAACCUGGCCAUCAAUCAAUUGCAUCAUAAUGCCUGCUGGAGUAUGCGUGGGAACUUUUUGUCCAUCCCCACGGAUUGCCCCCAACGGGACGAACGCCUAGGAUGGACAGGAGACAUCCAAGUGUUCGGUCCAUCCGCGACAUUUCUGUAUGACUGCAUUGGCAUGAUUUCGGAGUGGAUGGAAGAUGUCGCCUGCGAACAAUCAGAUCACCAUGGCAUUCCCCCUCUGGUGGUCCCCAAUGUCCUGGACCACGUGUGGCCAUCCAUUCCCCAGGCUCUGUGGGGUGAUGUAGUGGUAAUUAUUCCCUGGACCCUAUAUCUUUCAUCCGGUGAUCGCGAUAUUUUACGGCGACAAUAUCCAAGCAUGACGUCGUGGCUGAACCAGGGAGUCCGUCGAGGCAAGGACGGACUGUGGGAUCCCGAGAUAUGGCAACUUGGCGACUGGCUCGACCCCCAGGCGCCGCCCGACGAGCCUGGUGAUUGCCGAACAAACGGCACGCUGGUGGCAGACGCAUACCUCGUGCAUGUCACAUUUCUCAUGGCUGAGAUUGCCGCAGUCCUCGAGAGGGACACAGAAAGUAUAAAUUAUAACUGCGAAGCUCAGCGUCUCCGUGCCCUUUUCCAAAGCAAAUAUAUAACGUCAUCCGGCCUCAUAGUCGGGGAUUCCCAGACAGCUUAUUCCCUAGCUAUAGUCUUCGGGCUUUUAUCGACCCAGCACCAACUGGACGUGGCUAAGUUUCAGCUCGCCACGCGUGUACGCAUGGCAAAGUUCCGCGUGGCAACCGGGUUCGCUGGUACGCCGGCAAUUUUACGGGCUCUCACUGAGACUGAUAAUCUCUCUCUGGCAUACCGAAUGCUCCUCGAAGAGCGCUGCCCAUCGUGGUUAUACCCUAUCACUAUGGGGGCCACCACCGUCUGGGAACGCUGGGACAGUAUGCUUCCAAACGGAGUUAUCAAUCCCGGCGAAAUGACCUCAUUCAAUCAUUAUGCCUUAGGUUCCGUAGUCAAUUGGCUCCAUGAGACCGUGGGCGGCAUGCGGCCGCUCCAGCCUGGUUGGAAGACUGUGUUGGUGAGUCCACAGCCGGGAGGCUCUUUAACACAUGCUACAGUUUCGUACGAAAGUGUCUUUGGCCACUGGAACUGCCAGUGGAAAUUGGUUCACAGAGCAGAUCGAGAUGGAGCGACGACGUUCUGUUUGGAUCUAAUUGUCCCACCAAACUGCCAAGCACUGGUAAAAUUCCGGGCCGCUCAAGACGGAUCGAGCAACCUGGAGGAAAAAGUGGGAUCUGGAAAGCAUCAAUGGCGGAUUCCUUUCUGUCCUUGGCCAUGGCCACCCCGGGCGACUGCUCCAUUCAUAACAAACCCCGGGCAGAAUGUCACUUAG